GUCUGCCCCUCUCAGAACCAUCCCACCGCCGCCACCACUAUCACCACCAUUACAUUGUAAGUUGUAACCGUGACUGAAACCACCAUAACCCACAAAUGGCUUCAUCCCAAGACUCUCAACCAUUCCACUGGCACAGUGAUUUCGAUGACCGGAACUUCCAAAUCCGUGGCCGAACAGUCUUCUUCGUCAUCGUCCUCUUGUCUCUCAUCGUUCUAGUCACACUUUUGAUCCUCUACGCCCGUUGGGUCUGCCGCUUCCGCCCUCCCUUCGCCGCCGAUUUACAUCACGCGCCCCCAGCUCCGCCACAAGGGCUUGACCCAGCCACAAUUCAUAGCUUGCCAAUCAUAUUGCAUCGAUCAUCGGCAACAACAACAAUAACUAGUAUCAACGAAGUUGAGUGCUGUAUUUGUCUGGGUAUAUUUCAAGAUGGUGACAAAGUAAAGGUUUUGCCCGAGUGCCACCAUUCUUAUCAUUCUCAAUGCGUGGAUAAAUGGCUCAGAACCCAGUCGAAUUGUCCACUUUGUCGAGCUUCUCUCCAAGGCCAUUCUGCUGUUUGACUCGGUUUUACCCAAAUCAUUACCUGCAACUUUUUUCUUCAGCUUUUAUGAGUUAAUUAUUUUGUGUAAUUACGAUUCUCUAAAUUAUUUCAGCCAAUAUAUAUAUAGUAUGUGCCCUUGUGAGGACUUACAAUCUGCUGCUGUGUGCACUGCAAUUUUCAUAUGCCAACAUCAAUUUGUG